AUGGCAUCCAGUUCAGACCUCGAGAGCAGCAAAAAAGCCGAGCUAGAUGGACGUCGGCCAGGCUCGACCAGUGAUAGCGAACGUUCUCCAGCCAGGGCCGACGGGCCCCGAGAGCAGAAUGACUCCAACGAGACCCCGCCCGAGUACGAGACUGGCAUCCGACUAAUCCUCGUCAUAGUCACUAUCUUCGUGAGCACCAUCCUCGUAUCACUGGAGAUUGGGAUCAUUGCGACCGCAAUCCCCGGCAUCACCAACGAUUUCCGCCGCCUUGACGAUGUGGGCUGGUAUGGAAGCGCGACUUUCAUCCUCGCAGCCUCUGCCUCGCCGCUGUGGGGCAAGCUGUUCAAGUACGUCAACGUCAAGUGGACUUUCCUCGGCGCGGUCGCGAUCUUUUUGGUGGGCAGUGUUGGUUGGGGAGCCUCUGGGGUCCUCGGCGGCACCCUCAUCGUCAUCAACUACGUGGCCCCGCCGAGGAAUCAUCCGCUUCUCAUCGGGACUUGGAUGGCUGUCUUCAUGGUGUCGACCAUUCUUGGACCGGUGAUUGGCGGUGCAUUCACGAGCGGAGUUACCUGGAGAUGGUGUUUCUGGAUCAACUUGCCCGUUGGCGGUCUCAUCAUCGGUCUGCUAUUGUUAUUCCUUCGCAUCCCCAAGCACAUCAAGAGUGUCCCGGCCACGUGGAAGGAGAUCAUUCUCGCCCUUGAUAUUCCCGGCUUCUGCCUGCUACUCGUCUCUCUCGUAUGCUUGACGUUGGCAUUGCAAUGGGGUGGGCAGACGAAACCGUGGAACCAUGGCUCUGUGAUCGCUACCUUGGUCCUUUGGAUUGUCCUCAGCAUUGCUUUCUUCGUUACCGAAUGGCUACAGGGCCCCCGCGCCAUGGCUCCCUUUAGCAUUUUGAAACAGCGCACGGCAUGGAGUAAUGCCUUGUUUUGCCUUGUCUCCUACGCCGCCCUCUACCAAGUCAUGUUCUACCUCCCCAUCUACUUCCAAUCCAUCCACGGACAAUCAGCUGUUAAAAGCGGGGUCAACACCCUCCCGUUCCUGGCCUUGUUCGCCGUCGGAGCCGUGGUCAGCGGUGCCGUCAUCGGAAAGACCCGCUACACACAACCCUACGAGCUCCUCGGUGCCCUCAUCAUGACCGCCGGCAUGGCCCUGAUCUACAUCCUCGAUGUCGACUCCUCCCAAGCCAUGUACAUUGGUGCCGAGGUGCUGUUUGGUUUCGGCGUUGGUAUCUGCAACCAGAUCCCCAUGACGGCUGUGCAGGGCUUCUCAAAACUUGAAGACGUCUCCAGCGCGACCGGGAUCAUGGUUAUGUGCCAAACACUCAGCGGCGCCUACUUUGUCGCCAUCGCGCAAUCCCUCUUCGCCAACCGUAUGCUCCAGACCGUCCUCAGCAGUGCAUCCCACCUCAAUCCGGCGCUGAUCCUGGGCACCGGCGCCUCCGAACUCCAGCAGGUCUUCAGCGGGGACGAUCUGACUGAGGUGAUCGCCGCGUAUAUGGUGGGCAUCAAGGACGUGUUUGCGUUUUCGCUGGCGUGUGCGGCGUUUUCGGUCCUACUGACGCUGGUUAUCCCUUUUAAGAAGCUGCCGGAUCAUGGGAAUAAGCUGCCCGCGACAGAGGUUGCAGAGGCGAAGAAGACAGAGGAAACCGAUGGGAAGGAGUAAGUGGUUUGGUUGGGUAGCGCUGCAAGAGACAUGGCAGACUACGGGCGAGUUUCUGGAAAAGGGAAAAACCAACACUAUCGGUUCCAAUAUGAAACAUCAGACUUAGGUAUCUUAAGUAUUAGUUUUGUUUUAAUAUACUGGAUUGUUUUCUUUCUUGAUCUGUUGAUCUCGAAUGCAUCCAACCCAGCAUGAGCAAUUGGAAAUCCUGUGUCAUCGCGCCAGUAUUCGCGUAAACAUACCGA